CUGAAAAGGAAGUGAUGCUACAUGGUUUCUAACUGGACUAACGGUGAUCCCGGAGAUUACCGUUAAUAUUCCCACUUUGUUUCGCGUUUUUCCGGGUUCUGCGGGCAGUCAAGACUCCGGGGACACCGCCGGUACCGGUCCACCGUCCUGCGGGAUCAGCUCGGUUCUGUAAUCUCUGGAUUUCAGCGAACGGCGGCGGCGGCGGAGGGAUUUUCUCUGAUUUUAGGGGACGUCGGUGCCGAUAAAUAUUCGUUUCAGACGGAUUUAUGGUCGAGUCUGCGGUUCGUUAGCAGCGCGGACCGAGCCGAACCGAACCGUGACCUUCUGGGUGAGGAUGCUCCGGUCCGGAUCACUGAUCUAGAAAUGGUCCAAACGUGCUCACGACCCGCAGAUCGGUGAUGGUUUCUGAUCAGUUCCGUACCAGAACCGGUCCAACCUGCAGGACAUUUAUCAUCGCUGCAGGAGUGGGACUUCCAGCCUGGUAAACCCAGAACUGUCCGAGUAAACAGAACCCAUCAGAACGGAACCAGAAAGUUCUACUGCAUGGAUUUAAAUGUGUCCUACUGCUGAUCUGAUUUAAAUCACCUUAAAGGGACAGUGUUGUUCUGAUGACGUCACCAGGCCCUGCCCCUGCACCUCCAUGCUGCUAAAACCGGAAGUAGCUUCAGAAGAAGAAGCUUGAUGAGCACCUCUGAGGCAGCUGGUGAGGUUAUGGGAGUUGUGACUGGGCGUGUCUCUGUUAAAGGGACUACAGUGAUGGACUCCAGCUCCCAUAAGGCUUAGUGGCGAGGUCAACCUUAGCUGGACUUGUCAGAUGCUGUUUCCUGAUGUUUGAUGAGAAGUGUGCGGGUCUGAGUCGGCAUGUCGGAUAAGACGGCGCCGAGGUGCCAGCUGAGGCUGGAGUGGAUCCAUGGGUACCGAGGCCACCAGUGCCGGAACAACCUGUUCUACACGGCCGGCAAAGAGCUGGUCUACUUUGUGGCUGGAGUGGGUGUGGUCUACAACACCCGAGAACACACCCAGAAGUUCUACCUGGGGCACAAUGAUGACAUCAUCAGUCUGGCGAUUCAUCCAGACAAGGUCCAGGUGGCGACGGGCCAGGUUGGUAAGGACCCAUACAUUUGCAUCUGGGACACCUACGCCAUGCAGACGGUCUCCAUCCUGAGGGACGUCCACACCCAUGGAAUUGCUUGUCUUGCGUUUGACUCAGAUGGACAGAGGUUGGUCUCAGUCGGUCUGGAUGCCAAGAACACGGUGUGUGUUUGGGACUGGAGGAGAGGCAGAGUCAUCGCCAUGGCAACCGGACACUCAGACAGAAUCUUCGACAUCUGCUGGGAUCCGUUCCAGUCCAGCCGGCUGGUCAGCUGUGGGGUCAAGCACAUCAAGUUCUGGACUCUGUGCGGGAACGCUCUGACUCCAAAGCGAGGAAUCUUUGGGAAGACGGGCGACCUGCAGACCAUCCUGUGUGUGUCAGCAGCCAAAGAGGAGCUGACGUACUCUGGAGCUCUGAAUGGAGACGUUUACGUGUGGAAAGGAGUCACGCUGAUCCGGACGGUUCAGGCUGCUCACGGGGCGGGGAUCUUCAGCAUGCACGCCUGUGAGGAGGGAUUUGCCACGGGAGGACGAGACGGCUGCAUCCGACUGUGGGAUGUGGAUUUUAAACCCAUCACCAAGAUUGACCUGAGGGAAGCCGAGCAGGGCUACAAAGGUCUCUCGAUCCGUAGCGUUUGCUGGAAAGCGGACCGGAUUCUGGCCGGGACGCAGGACAGUGAAAUCUUCGAGGUGAUGGUUCGAGACCGGGACAAACCAGUUCUCCUGAUGCAGGGACACAGCGAGGGGGAGCUGUGGGCGCUGGACCUGCACCCCAAGCAGCCGGUCGCCGUUACGGGGAGCGACGACCGCUCCGUCAGGUUGUGGAGUCUGCCUGACCACACCCUACUGGCCCGUUGCAACAUGGAGGAGUCCGUUCGAAGUGUUUCCUUCAACAACGAUGGCUCUCAGCUGGCUCUGGGAAUGAAGGAUGGUUCAUUUACUGUGCUGCGAGUCAGGGACAUGACCGAGGUGGUGCACAUUAAAGACAGGAAGGAGGUGAUCCACGAGCUGAAGUUCUCUCCAGACGGUUCCUACCUAGCUGUGGGAUCCAACGACGGGCUGGUGGACGUGUACGCCGUCGCUCAACGCUACAAGAAGGUGGGCGAGUGUAGCCGCUCUUCCUCCUUCAUCACACAUCUGGACUGGUCCGUCGACAGCCGCUUCCUGCAGACCAACGACGGUGCGGGGGAGAGGCUCUUCUACAGGAUGCCAGCUGGGAAGUUGGUUCCCAAAGAGGAAGCGAAGGGAAUCCACUGGAUGACAUGGACAGGUGUCAUUGGGCCAGAGGUGAAUGGAAUCUGGCCCAAGUACUCCAACGUCAGCAACGUCAACUCCGUCCACGCCAACUACAGCAGUGCUGUUCUGGUGACCGGUGAUGAUCUGGGCCUCAUCAAGCUCUUUAGGUUCCCCUGCCUCAAAAAAGGUGCCAAAUUUAAAAAAUACAUCGGACACUCUGCCCACGUCACCAACGUUCGCUGGUCCAACGACUUGCAGUGGGUCGUCAGCACCGGUGGUGCCGACCACGCCGUCUUCCAGUGGAGGUUCCUUCCUGAAGGUGUCAUGAACGGCGUUCUAGAGCCACUUCUUCAAGAGGGGUACGCCGAUUCCAACAGCGGCGAGUCGGACUCGGACUUGUCAGAUGUUCCAGAACUUGAUUCGGACAUCGAACAGGAAGCUCAGACCAACUACGAACGUCAGGUGUAUAAGGAGGAUCUGCCUCAGCUCAAGAAGAAGCUGAUUGGCUCGUUAAAGCGUCAGAAAGCUCCGGAGGAGGGGCUUCGUCUGCAGUUUGUUCACGGAUACCGCGGCUUUGACUGUCGUAACAACCUGUUCUACAGUCAGACGGGGGAGGUGGUAUUCCACGUGGCCGCUGUAGCUAUCGUCUACAACCGGCUGCAGCACAGCCAGCGGUUUUACCUCGGUCACGACGACGACAUCCUCAGCCUGGCCGUCCAUCCACUCAAAGACUACGUGGCUUCCGCACAGGUGGGCCGAGACCCAGCGAUCCACAUCUGGGAUGUCCAGACUCUGAAGUGUCUGUCGCUGCUCAAAGGACACCACAGCAAAGGAGUGUGUGCGCUCGAGUUCACAGCGGAUGGGAAGAGUUUAGUCUCAGUGGGAAUAGAUGAGUUUCACUCCAUCGUUAUCUGGGACUGGAAGAAAGGAGAGCGGCUGGCCAAGUCCAGGGGUCAUAAGGAGAAGAUCUUUGUGGUGAGAUGUAACCCUUUCAGGAUGGACAAACUGGUGACUGUCGGGAUGAAACACAUCAAGUUCUGGCAGCAUUCAGGCGGUGGUCUGACAUUUAAACGAGGUAUUUUUGGAAACCUGGGAAAGCAGGAGACCAUGAUGUCAGCGUGCUAUGGCCGAUCUGAGGACCUGGUCUUCUCUGGAGCCACCAACGGAGACGUUUACAUUUGGAAGGACACAACGCUCAUCAAGACCAUCAAAGCUCAUGAUGGACCAGUCUUUGCCAUGUGUUCCCUUGACAAGGGUUUUGUGACGGGGGGGAAGGACGGUAUUGUGGAGCUGUGGGAUGACAUGUUUGAACGAUGUUUGAAGACAUACGCCAUCAAGAGAGCAGCUUUAUCACCAUCCUCUAAAGGUCUGCUGCUGGAGGACAACCCGUCCAUCAGAGCCAUCACUCUGGGCCAUGGUCACAUCCUGCUCGGGACAAAGAACGGAGAAAUCCUGGAGAUUGAAAAGAGUGGACCCAUGACUCUGCUGGUUCAGGGUCACAUGGAGGGGGAGGUGUGGGGUUUGGCGGCUCAUCCUCUGCUUCCUGUUUGUGCCACCGUCAGUGACGACAAAACACUGAGGAUCUGGGAGCUCUUGGCCAAUCACAGAAUGGUAGCCGUCCGCAAACUGAAGAAAGGUGGGCGGUGCUGUUCUUUCUCUCCAGACGGUAAGGCUCUGGCGGUCGGUCUGAACGAUGGCAGCUUCAUGGUGGUGAACGCCGACACUCUGGAGGAUAUGGUGACCUUCCACCACCGCAGGGAGCUCAUCUCAGAUAUCCGUUUUUCCCAAGAUGCAGGAAAGUACCUGGCUGUGGCAUCCCAUGAUUCCUUUGUGGACAUCUACAACAUUCUGACCAGUAAGAGGGUGGGAAUCUGUAAAGGAGCUGGAAGUUGCAUCACCCACAUCGACUGGGACUCCAGAGGUAAACUGCUGCAGGUGAACACUGGAGUCAAAGAGCAGCUUUUCUUCGAGGCUCCUCGUGGACGUAAACAGAACAUCAGCGUGGCUGAGUUCGAGAAGCUGGACUGGGCCACCUGGACCUCUGUUCUGGGACCAACCAGUGAGGGCAUAUGGCCGUCCCUGGGCUUCGUCAAUACAGCGUCCCUCACCAAAGACCGCAAGCUGCUCGCCACAGGGGACGACUUCGGCUUCCUGAAGCUCUUCAGCUUCCCGUCAAGGGGCCAGUUUGCCAAGUUUAAAAAAUACGUGGGCCACAGCACCAACGUGACGAGCGUGCGCUGGUCCAGUGAUGACUCCAUGCUGCUGUCGGUGGGCGGGGCUGACACGGCGCUGAUGAUAUGGACCAGGGAGGCUCCGGGUCACAAAGAGAGCAAAGCCGUGGACAGCGAGGAGUCAGACGAUGACACAGAGGAGGAUGGAGGAUACGACAGCGACGUGGCUCGGGAGAAGGGGGCCGACUACGUCACCAAGAUCUACUCGGGGAGCAUCCGGAACAUGUCGGGAACCAAACCCCACCUGCAGCACAGAGAGCUUCCGGUGGAGGACAGACCUCCUGUGAGUCGAGCUGCGCCGUUGCCCGACAAGCUGCUGAAGAACAGCCUGAUGAAGAAGAAGAAGGUGGUGGAGGAGCUGGUGUUGGAGCACAUCUUCGGCUACAGAGGAUUCGACUGCCGCAACAACCUGCACUACCUCAACGAUGGCGCGGACAUCAUCUACCACACCGCCGCCGCCGUGGUCGUCCAGAACCUUUCCGCCGGAACUCAGAGUUUCUACCUGGAACACACCGAUGACAUCCUCUGUCUGACAGUCAACCAGCACCCCAAAUACCAGAACAUCAUAGCCACCGGACAGAUCGGUGACCGCUCUGAACUCCCAGAGGCCGAAGUGUCCGGCCUGGCCCCGUCCAUCCACGUGUGGGACGCGGUGACGAAGCAGACCCUGUCUAUCCUGCGCUGCCCUCACGCUAAAGGCGUCGGCUACGUCAACUUUAGUGCUACAGGAAAGCUGCUGCUGUCAGUGGGGGUGGAGCCUGAACACACAAUCACUGUGUGGAGGUGGCAGGAAGGCACUAAGGUGACCAGUAAGGGGGGCCACACCGAGCGGAUCUUUGUGGUCGAGUUCAGACCCGACUCCGAUACCCAGUUCGUGUCGGUUGGGAUCAAACACAUCAAGUUCUGGACUCUAGUUGGAGGUUCGCUGGUGUAUAAGAAAGGAGUGAUCGGGUCGGUGGAGGACGGCCGGAUGCAGACCAUGUUGUCCGUCGCCUUCGGCGCUAAUAACUUGACGUUCACCGGUGCGAUCAGCGGCGACGUGUACGUGUGGAGGGAACACUUCCUAGUUCGGGUGGUGGCAAAAGCCCACAGCGGUCCCGUCUUCACCAUGUACACCACGCUGAGGGACGGACUCAUCGUCACCGGGGGGAAGGAACGGCCGACCAAAGAGGGUGGUGCUGUAAAGCUCUGGGACCAGGAGAUGAAGCGCUGCAGGGCCUUUCAGCUGGAGACCGGUCAGCCCGUGGAAAAUGUCAGAUCUGUCUGCAGAGGGAAGGGUAAAAUUCUGGUGGGAACUAAAGAUGGCGAGAUCAUCGAGGUUGGAGAAAAGAAUGCUGCCUCCAACACCAUGAUCAAUGGACACACUCAGGGAGGGAUCUGGGGCUUGGCAGCUCACCCUUUCAAAGACGUCUUCAUCUCUGCCAGUGACGAUGGGACCAUCCGGAUUUGGGACCUGGCUGAUAAGAAACUCCUGAACAAAGUGAGUUUAGGUCAUCCUGCCAAGUGCACCUCCUACAGCUCCAACGGAGAGAUGGUCUCCAUCGGCAUGGAGAACGGAGAGUUUAUCGUCCUGCUGGUCAAUUCGCUCACCGUCUGGGGCAAGAAGAGGGAUCGGAGCGUCGCCAUCCAGGAUAUCCGGUUCAGUCCAGAUAACCGGUUCCUGGCCGUGGGGUCAGCUGACAGUGCUGUAGAUUUCUACGACCUUUCUCUCGGACCGUCACUCAAUCGGAUUGGUUACUGCAAGGACAUCCCGGGUUUUGUGAUUCAGAUGGACUUUUCAGCCGAUAGCAACCACAUCCAGGUGUCCACCAGCUCCUACGUUCGUCAGGUCCAUGAGGUUCCAUCAGGGAAGGUCAUCCCAGUGCUGCCUGUCAUCGAGAGGAUCACCUGGGCGACCUGGACCAGCAUCCUCGGAGACGAGGUUCUUGGCAUUUGGCCUCGGAACGCCGACAAAGCCGACGUUAACUGCGCUUGUGUCUCACACGCCGGCCUGAGCCUGGUGACCGGAGAUGACUUUGGCCUCAUCAAGCUCUUCGAGUUCCCCUGCAGUGAGAAGUUUGCAAAACACAAGCGUUACUUCGGUCACUCGGCCCACGUGACCAACGUUCGUUUCUCCUGUGAUGAUAAGUACGUGGUCAGCGCCGGUGGCAGCGACUGCAGCCUGUUCGUGUGGAAGUGUCAGUGAAGCUUCCUCGUCCACAGAAGACUCCUCUGCUGUCCUGUGGGGACCAGAACCUUCUGCAGACUGACCCGACCCGACUCGGGAUCAAAUUCCUGUUGCUGGGAACAAACAGGAUUCUUCCUGAACAUCUGGAUGUGUUGAGUGGAUUCCAGGUGUUGUUUGUGUUUGGUAGAAGAUGUGAGAUGAGAGAUGUGUAGCCGUUUGAUGUAGCAUGUUUGUGUGUGUGUUUGUGCCUUUCUCUGACCUUUGACCUAACGUUUAACUCUUUGAACAUGGUGCUGUAACCUUUAGGGCUCCUACGAUGUGAUGCUAGGCUCAACGUUGUUUCAUUUGUGUGAUGAAGAGGAUGAUGAUUGAUGUUUGUUAGAAACUGAAUAAAAACUGAUUUCUACCUCUGA